UUAGGGGAAGUCACUCUAGGUCUGUGUUUGAGACGGAAGUGGCCAUAAAUGUUAUGGUCAUGUGAAACCGAAUCAUUAUAUGAGAUUUACAGACUGUGCUUUAUAGUAGCACAUGUUACGAGCAGUGGCGAUCACCGGCAGUUAAGAGCAAAAAGUGGCACUCUCUGGCAGAGGCUAGCCUUGCAAAAUGUCUGGCCAGCGAGGGUAUGGAGCAGUUAGAGAAUACAGAGAUGAUCCAACAGCUCCGUCACUUCCUUAUAGAGAUUCUGCAAAUGGAUACCAAGACACAGGCCGCUCCUCGGUAAAUGAGCUUUGUGAGCAGAUUCGAAGUAACAUAUUCCAGAUUAACAAUGGAGCAAAUUCCAUUGAAAGAGCUCUGAAAAACAUUGGCACUGAGAGAGAUUCUCCAGCUCUGCGAGACAAAAUCCAUGAGAUAUCAGUCAACACAAAUAAGACUGCCCAAUCCACAACAAGGUUAAUACGAAGUGCUACCACAAGGCAAGCAGACAGACAACAGAAAAUCCAGGUGGAAAGAUUGACUAGUGAUUUCCAGGAAGCUGUACAGAGAUUUCAAACUUUACAAAAGAAAGCAACAGAAAAAGUAAAAACAACUGUAAAACUUGGAGGACAGCAGCCAAAGGCACUGGAUGAUACAGCAGGCUGGAAUCAAGAUAUUGAGAGGCAGCGGCUGGUGGAAGAUGAGCAUCGAGUGGCACAGCUUCAGGCUCAAGAGGAAGUCAUUGAAGACGACUUGGCCUUGCUUCGUGAGCGAGAAGAAAGAAUCCGGCAGCUGGAGUCUGAUAUUCUAGACGUCAAUGAAAUCUUUCGAGAUUUGGGUGCGAUGAUCAGUGAACAAGGAGAAGUAUUGAAUGAUAUUGAGGCUAAUGUGGAGAGAGCUUACUCAAAUGUGGAGACUGGCAAUGAGCAGCUAAUCAAAGCAUCAGAAUAUCAGAGGAAGUCCCGGAAGAAAAUGUGCUGCCUGCUUGUGAUUUUUUUGGUCAUAAUCAUUAUUGUGACAAUCAUUAUAGUUGUGACUGUGAAGAAAUAAAGUUGGUUUUUUUUUUUUCCUAGCACAACUUUUGAAAUAUUCAGACUGUUUUUCUCAUGCUGCACUUCUGAUAACAUUCCAAGCAUAGGGAAGUUGAUGCUAAUACUUAGCUACUUAGAAAAAAAUUACAAAGCAAAUAAAUCCAAGGGAAAGAAGAUAUGUAAGGUGAAUUGUAUAUGGAUUGGUGUGAUUGCUAUAAAAGUGAAAAAUUUUAGUGUGAUAUUAGUGAGAAAACCUAGCUUUGGAAUGGUCUUUUUCUAGACCAUUAGCUAGAAAUUUAAAAAAUGAUCUGAAAAGUAUUUUUGUGUAGCUGCAGAUGGGUGGGGUAGACAGGUGGGUCCUUAAAUGCAUAAAUAUAUGUGUAAUUGUUAAGUUUCCAGUGAAAGUUCCUUUUGUGCCUAAUCAAUGACUUUAAAAUAACUAAAAUCCCAUUUUCUUAUUUUGCAUUUUUCUUGUCAUAACUUUGAGCUGGAACAUUUAUGUUGAAUUUUUAUUAGUUGGUAAUUUAUUAAUGAAAGGGAGAGAGGUAGCUGCUAUGGGAUUUAAACAUAGGGUAAAGGAUUUUAAUGUAGUGCAUCUUCUUUUAAGCUCAUGAUAUGGACCUGUUUUCUUCAAAGCUUUAAUUCGUCUGUUCACUCAGAAAAAGCCUUAAAAUCUAAAGAUUAAAGUAAACUUGAGGUGAGCUGAAUCUUACAUGUUCUUUUGAAACACCCUUUUUCUUUGGUAAAGGAUUCUAGACUGUGCUUAGCGGUCCGGUGGCGCAACGGUUAGUGCCUGUCACCAAUACAGUGAAGGUUGGCUGCCCUGAGUUCAUUUCUCGUCUCGGGCACGCUGUUCUUUCUCUGCACGUGGCAUCUGUUUACAGGGCUGGGUGCCUUGCCGUAAUAUAGCCUCAGUUGCUGGCACGGCGUAAAACACCAAUUCCCCCCCCAUCUCUCUAGAUUGUGCUUUGGGAUUCUUGGUUGAGAAUGUUUGUAAUAUGAGUAUGCUAUGCAUAAAUCUAAAUUUCAUUGUACUUUUUCCAUGAAGCUAGAUGUGAAGUACAACUUAAAACUUUUUUGUUGUUGUUGAAGAGCAGUGCACCACUUACGUGAACAUUAUGCAGAAAAUUUUGGACUCCUGUCUACAUGGCUAAACUUUUGUGAUAUAUAUAUGUGUGUGUGUGUGUGCGCGCGCAUGUGAAAAAAAGAGAGCAAGUAACUUCAACAGAAAUGCAUGAUUCAAAAUUAGAGAUGCUGAUUUGAUUUUGUAAUGUUGCCUGCCAGAUUGUUUUGUCCGCCCCUGUAAAUUGAAACCAUGGAUUAUCAUUGGAGUGACAACAGAAAUGAGUGAAGAAGAGAAAUGAAUCUUCUGAUGUAUAAGCAUGGCUUGUCUCACAGGCCUGAAAGGGGUUGUGCCCGCCUUUUACAAAAAUACAUGAUGCUUAAAUUAGCUAGGUAAUUCUAAAUAGCUGUUAAGUGAAAAUAAAGUCUGGGCAUUUAAGUGAAAUUGUAAAAUUUGUAAUGUUUUUGUUCUCUUGUGUUGUUAAUUUAAAGGAGAGUGCAAGCAGUCAACUGUAGGCCAUCAUAAGGAAAAUUAAUUUCCUACAUUACACCUUCAAGUAAUAUCUUGAAAACUUCUUUUCAGAGGCUGGAUGUGAUUAUAUAGGAGUUCCUGCUUGUCAAUCUGUGGUUGAUUAAAAUUAAAAAACACUGUGAAUAAAACUAUAAAUAUUUUUAAACAGAACAGUGUAUGAAUAAGAUUGGGAUUUGUUUAUUUUAUAUUUGUACAUACAAAUAUUCUCUAUUACCAUAAACAGUAAAAAACUGAAAGAGUUGGCUCUAAUGGUCUGGUAAUGCCAAAAUGCUGCAGUGAAACAUUGUUAAGUUACCAAUAGCAUAAUUUAAAAAAUGUGUUUCUUGUUGCUGUUUUGAUAUAAGCAAAUGUUUUUUCUCUUUGACUUCAAAAGGCAAUUUUAUUGAAAAUGUUUUAAAACUUUGUAUGUCAGUUUCUGCUGAUCUUUCAUAAUUGGAGACUGUCAUCAAGAUUGUCAUCUCUUCCUUUUUUUUUUUGGAUGCCUUUGUAAAUUGUUUCAAGUGCAAAACUAAGCACAAUACCUGGGUUAUUUGUAACAUUCUGCAUGAGAGCUCAGUUUGUUGUAUCUACAACAAGGUCAUCCAAGCAGAAAUUGAAAGAUAAUACAGUCCUAGUUUGGGUAAUGUUAUCCACACAUUAAUAAAAAAUUGUUAUUUUAGCCAUAUCACUUAUGUAUCAACAGAUCAUGGUCUGGCACAUAAAUGCAAACGUUUAACGUCGAAUGUUUGUCCUUGAGCACCCCUUACACAAAAAGUUAUUCAUUCGCCAUCAUUUAUUGUUAAUGGUAAAAUGUGCAAAAUAAAGCAGAUGUUUCUUUCAGGGAUGAUAAUAAAAUAAGGCAAAAUGCAGUAGAAAAUGUAUUUAACGCUUUUAUGUAUAUAUUUAAUACAGUUUAGUCAUGAAAUGAAUAGAAAUUUCAGCAUAUGUACAGGUUCACAUGGAUAGGAAAAUGUAAUACUUCUAGGACAGUGGUUCUUAACCGGAGUUCGAUUGAACCCUAGGGGUUCAGUGAGUUGGUCUCAGGGGUUUGGCGGAGCCUCAGCCCGGAGGUCAAGACACACCUGCAAUUCAUGAUGACACUAAAGAAGGGUUCGGUGAACAUGCAUAUGAAACUUGUGGGUUCGGUACCUCAAACAAGGUUAAGAACCACUGUUCUAGGAAUUUUCAGAGGAAAAUUUGUGUUCACUAAAGAUAGAGAGGCAAGUCAUUUGUAUGUCUUAAGACUUAAAAUAUAACACUCAUUGCAAAUGCUCAAUGGCAAGUUCGAGGCUGAAUGCUUUUCUUGUAGAAUUCCAGUGGCUGAACAAUUAUUUUCAUGGUGCAUAACUUUUCGGAUUGCCUUGUAAUUUCAGGUACAUGUAUGAAUAUUUAACAGGACUGCUAACUCCUGACUGUAUUUCCAUGUUUCAUCUAAAAGAAAUAAAUGAACAAAGCUUUUGGGUCUCA